GCAGACAAGCGUGGCUUGCCACAGGCGCCGCACAUUCCGUUGCCCGUGCCGUGCCAUAUUUUGAUGCCGCCAGUCAUGUGACUAAACCGGCCGGCAUUCAGUCAGUCUUGUUCAAACGUUCAGUCGGGGUGCUCGCUAGUGCCACCCGUUCGUUUCGUACAUUAUACAUGCAGAUUAACGGAAAAACCUUACUUUACUACGGCGUUUGGUUACCAAAAAUGGAUUGCGAAGACCUCACUUAAAUAUAUUUGUGAAGUGUGUGUUAUCAAUUCAGAAUUUACGUGAUUGUAUCCGUGUUGACAUUGUGAUCUUUUCUGUUACGAAGUAAAUAUGGAAACAAGGCAUUAUUGGGAGGAGAACGGGCAUGCCGUCAAAUACGAAAGCUACAACAACACCGAGGAGUUUCGUAAUGGCGAGCAGCUGGGCUUCGCGGCCCCCUCGGAGGACGAGGACUACCAGGCCGGCUUUCUGAAGAAGGGGAAGGUCGCCAGGGCAAACCCGAUGUCCCACCGAAUCAUCGAGAAGCGUCGGCGGGACCGCAUGAACAACUGCCUCGCGGACCUGUCCCGCCUCAUCCCGCCCGAGUACCUCAAGAAGGGCCGCGGCCGCGUCGAGAAAACCGAGAUCAUCGAGAUGGCCAUCCGACACCUCAAGUUCUUACAGGAGCGAGCCAAUGCGGCCGACCGUGUGGCGGGCGAGGAGUUCCGUGCUGGCUUCCAGGAGGCGGUCGCCGAGGCGGCCAGGUUCCUCGCGGAGGUGCAGGGCUACGGGCCAGCGGACGGGCUGUGUGUGCAGCUGGCUUCACAUCUGCAGAGACACGUCGAGAUGAUCACUAAAGGCGAAGCCCCCCGCGACAAGCGGCACCCCACCUCCUCCUCGGAGACGGCCAGCUCCUCCAGCUCCUCGCACGGGCACGUGCCGCGCGACGCCGUGCUCGCACGCCGGCUCGAACCCCCGCAGCCCGAGCUCUAUGAACAGCCCGACCAGUACCCCAUGGAGUGCGAUAGAGAAGGUCUCAUCUCUAUAGCAGUACGCACACUUCGAGGUCUGGCGGUGCCAAGGACCAUGCCGGAACGCUAUCGCACCGUGACCAACGUGGCCGCAGCACCCGACGAGGCGCCGGCCGAGCCCAUGGCGCUGGACGGCCACCGCAAGAGGGAGCCAACGCUGCGGACCAUAAGGAAGCCCGAACACGGCGACGACUUCUUACACUCGUACAAGUUCAAGAAUUCUAUUGAAAGACGGUUUUCGAGGUCACAGGAUUGUGAGGCGACGGACAUGACGGUGCGCGGCGCGCCGCACAAGAACUACGGGCACAAGCGGCGCCGCGCCGCCAAGCCCGCGCCCUCCACCACCUCCACCUCCAACUCGGGCUCCAUGGAGGACGCGAGGGACACCUCGCCACAAGACACGUCGAGCGACUCCCCGCACCAACACUACGAGAAGCCGCUGGCGCCGCCCGCGCAGUACGUGCCCGUGUUCGCGCUCAACACGCUCGGCAAGUACUACGUGCCGCUGAGCGUGGACUACUCGUGCCUGGCGCGGCACCUCGGCCCCUACGACGUGCUGGACGCGCGCGCCGCGCACCUGGCCGCGCCGCUGCACCCCGUCACCAUCCACGUCAACUUCCAGCCCUGCCUCAACUACCACGUCAAGCGCGAGCCCCGGGACCAGGAGUGGCGGCCGGUGUGAACCGCACGU